AUGUUAAACAUUUUUAACAGAUUAUUCCUUUUUUUCAGUAACGUAUUCAUAGUCAUAACUGACUUUUUUCUUGCCUCCCGUGAGACCGAUUUUAUGCCAGUGAAGAAACGAUCAAUCGCUGAAUCAACGAAGAUAGAGAAGUAUCACCCAUCAUCAGAAAGACCCCUGAAGCAGGCAAGACUCACGAACGCCAGUAGUUAAAACAUAAAAAGAAAUAAACAACACGAUAUUCUAAACCUUCUUCCACUUUGUUACAAAUAUCGAUCUCGAAAACAAUUAUUAUGAAGUACAAUUUAAGUUUUGUUUCUUGAAAGAAAUUUAAUUAAUUAUAAGUUCUGUACAGUUAAGUACUAUAUUUUGUUUGUCUAUUCAUAGACUUUAUAUUGUAUUUAUUUUAAAGUAGUUUUUUGUUUCUUUCUUUUGAUCUCCAAAAUCUUGUAAUUUCAUUGGUGGUUUUUCGUGUGGGUUACCUCUAUAUAUCUUCACCUUCGACUAACGACCAACGACCGUAUUGUCAAAAUAUCUCUUUAUUUUAUUAGAUAAUGUCAGACAACAUCAUCGCUAAGUUUUGUUUUAUGUAGUAAUCAAAUGCAAUUACUUUGUCCAGAAUUGUAUCAAUAAUUUUUAUUUUUGAAAUCGUAAGAUAAUAGUGGUUUGAGCUCAUGCUUUACGACAAACAAUGUAAUUUUAAAAAAUGGCACUGAACAAAAGUGAAACUCCUAAAACUUACCCUCUGAUCCGUCACUAUACUGUUUUCGCAAAACCACAUUACAUAUAUGCAAAUAUUACUAGCGUUUCGGUUGUCCAAGCAGUAUGUAAAUGUCAAACUUACACAUAUUCAAUUUCGAGCAACCAAACGAUUUUUCCAACAGCUGUGGUUUUACAACCGUGAUAUGGAGAAGAAUGAGUAUGUUAAAUAUCUGAUCGGUUUUGAAGUUGUGAAUGAUUUUCUGGCUAUCUUAGGUCAGCUGAAGUUUUUCUAGAUGGAAAGCAAUUACAGAAUAAGUCACCCUUCGUACGAAUUCACACUACUUUUAUCCUGCGAUUCUGAAUAUUUUCUUUAAAUCGACAAAGUGAGUAUAAUUUGUUGGCGACCUCAACCCCUCCUUUUUUUUGUUAAAACAGAUUUAGUUCUUGCAAAACUUGGUAAUUAUUUUCCACCAUUUUUAUUCUCGAAUUAUUUUCCUAAAAAUACUCAACACUUUGUCUGACAGUUACAUCACAAUCACGUGUGGCUUUUCGAUAUAAAAUGUAGCUAUGCUUUCACUGUUUAAGUUGCUAAUUUAUUAAGUAUUGUAGGUUAAGCAUUUCAAUUCGUACAAAAAAAUUGUUAAGAGAGCUUGAGUGAAAGCACGGCAUACCGAAUGGACAAACUGGUCAAUCCCAUGUGCAAUGAGUUGCUCUAAAGAGCCAUAUGUAAGUAAUAUAAACGCCGAUCGUUUGUCAAUUUUUUCGAAAAGCGAAGCAUGACUAUAAAUCGACCAUUUCCUUUGUGAGCAUGAAAUAAACAGCCAUAUCAGCAAUGAGGGAAUAAAUACAUUGUUGCAAAAGUGAAAUAUCUUAAUUGCAUUCAAACCUGGUUCAGUUCUUUUGUCACUUUAUGAAUAUGCUCUCGAUGAUAAAACAUGUUUUUCAGUAAUAACAAAAUCUUAAACGAGUCUGGAGACUUUGUGCAUCAUCCUCACAAACAGGAGGUCGAUUUAUUUAUUAAAAUGUAAAUAGAAGAAUAGGUGAUAUUUUGAUGGGUCCAAAUGAAAUCUAGUGACAUGUUUUUUUGCUAUUUGCUGGUUGGUAGGAUUGAUUCAUGAAAUGGAAUGAAAUUUUGACCAGUUAGUAUGUAAUAAACAUGUGAUAUGCUUCAGGUACAAAUUAUGGUCUUUUAAAGACAUUUCGAAAAUUAACAAAAAAUAUAUGGUUGAGCAGUGGAAGUUGGAUGUACGUACAUGUAUUUUAAGAUGAAUUUAAAUGAUUAUAUUUUUGUUUAUUUUAAAGCCUGUAUAAUUUAUUAUCAUGUUUAUCUAAUAAUUGAUGCUCCUCCAGAUUGUAAUAUUGAAUUAUUAACAGAUUGCAGUCAUGCUACUGCAGUUUUAUUUGUAUAAUGAAUUAAUGAUUUAACGAACACUAUUAGAACUUUCUAGCUUUCACAGCUAUUUUUAGUGCUCACGUUGCAUUUUCCACAAAGGAAUAUAUUCAUCAAAUUGAAAAUGUUUCGUAUUACAAGUAUGGUGAACCCUUUCACUUGUAUACAGAUAAUCAAGUGCAACAUACUUGUGGUGGAUAUUUGACUGAGUUUUUUUUGAAACGCGUUUGCAGUAUUGCUAUUAUUAAAAUUAGUUUGUUAUUUAUAUACUACUAUCCUACUAGAAUAGAAACCCUCAAAGUGGCCAACUUAUUAGUUAAAAACUAGGCUCAAAUUCAUCCAAAAGAACCAGAUAGGUAUCUGCUUAGCAGAAAAUGGAAGUGACACAAAUAUUGAUUCCACACCAACGAACAACACAGUUAAAUAAGCUGAAAGCAUAAUCUUCCAUAUAGGCUCUUCAAUACUGGUAUUAGUGAGUAUUAAAUAUUACUAUGUCAUCUAAUACUAGUUUUUGAGAUUACAUUCGAGUUUGGUUACUUUGAAUCAGGUUGCUCUAUUUUCUAAUAAAAUCUUUUGUGGUACGCUGCUGCAAUUUAUAAUACGAUUAGGUAUACUCCAUAGGAAGGAUGUUCCGAUCCACGAAAAGUAUCGAUACCAUGUAUCGAUUCGUAUGGUUUUAGAAAGUGUCGAUCGGAAUAAAAAUAUCAAUAGCACAAGUAUCGAAUCCUUUCGACACGGAACAUACACUACCGAAAAUCGAAGUGUGUUUCUACAGCCCUAAAAAUAAUGUUUACUUUUUUUACAAAAUAGCUUGACAAAUCACUUCUUACUGGAGGCAUCACUAUCACAAUAAUGUGACACUGUGUGUCAUGUGUGUGUAAUUCCCCGAAACUGAAUCCAAUCGGGGGUUGCUAGGUCGUUUAGAAAUUCAGUACUCAAGUACAUUGUGUAGUGUCAUUGAUAAAAUUUUAUAUGACAAUACCUCCCCAGUAAAAUGUUUCCCCAAAAGAAAUCCCCAGAAAAAACAACCCCAAAAUUUUCCCCAUUGAAAUGAAAAUUCCCUGUUUAUUGGGGAAAACCCCCUAAUGUGGCAACCCUGGAAUCUAAAAUUAAUAUGACACAGUCUGCAUCGAAAGAUGACGAUACUCGUGAAAUGUAUCCAUACACCCAAGUAUCGCAUAUAAAAAUAUCGAUCCAAAAUAUCUCGGGUAUCGGAAGCAAAAGUAUCGAUAGUUCUAAAUAUCGGAUCGUAUCGAACAUCCCUACUCCAGAGGCCCGAUAUUGCAAAAUUAUUAAGGCGCAAAAAUUGAUUUCAAGCCCAUUAUCCCCUCCUGAUCAUCGCACAUUUGAUGACGUCUGCGAAAACGUGGCAACUCCAAAACUUAUGCCAACUAUAAUAAUAAUCAAACGAUCAAUAAAUGGUUACUUAUCAUGAUGAUGGAAUAGCUAAUCUGAAAAAUCGUUUUUAGUACAUUAUAUUGUUUCAUACCAGUGAAGUAGGUUAAAUUAUUUAGUUUUAUAACAGGGUUUAUUAUGUGUCAUACAUAUAAAUUCACAUACACAUAGGUAGGACUCCUUACAUUACAGAUUCAGAAUGUUGAAAAAUCACCUUUUCCAAUCGAUUACAGUUUUUGAAAUUUUUCUGUUUUGAUAAUUGAUACAGUUCGCAAACCCAAAAUGUCAUUUAUCCAAAUCCUUGGCAUCAGUUUAUUGUUUAAAAAUACUAGUUCAUACUUUUAUAACAUCAUCAGGACUUUUAAUACCUAGUACCGUAGUGAUGUACUAGUAAAGGGACAAUAUAUUUGAUGUGUUCCACAACAUUUGUUCAUUUUAUCGAACUUGCGAAUUGUGCAUAUAUUAACGAGCAUCUUGUAGUUGAACAUUUAUCGUGAUAUACCUACGCAUAAAGUUAUACCUUUUUCUUGUGUAUUUUUAGAUGGCUAGGCUGCAUCAAGUUAGAAUUAAUUGAUUAGUACGAGAUAAUAUGUCAGUUUUGUCCACAUAAUUAGCCAUUAGUUGCCAUUGAAUUAUUUUAUUUUUGCGGAAUCCUCGAGACUCAAGGUUUCAAGAUGCUUGUUAAAUAGAAAUCAUUUGCCCUUCGAAAAGUUCGAAUGAUUAAAUAUUUGUGGUUGAUGAAAAGUUGAAUACAUGCAGAGUUCGCAAAUUCUGCAGUUCUGCAGAUGUUAAUUAUUUUGAGAUAUUAAAUAAAUAACUAUAUGUUUUCAACAUCUGUGAUGUUUAGAUUAUGAUCUCAAAAUAUUUUUAUAUAUAAUAUAUACGUAAAGGAUAAUGUUGUACUUACUAUGCGUUGGCAAAAACCACAAUUUGGUGCAUUGAACUGUUGUUUAGAGCUAUAUUUUCUAAAAUUGACAUGUCUGGCAUAGGUACACUAUUUUCCUUUGCAAGAGUAAUAUAGAAUAUAUAAUGUAAAUUUGUUGUAAAAAUUAACAUAAAAUUAUAUCUGGAGCAUUUAAAAUAUAGCUUCGUUUUGUUAGUGUACCUGAUGUUUUAUGUAUACUUUCCAACUCCAACUCCCGUCCAAUGACGCGCCGGACGCUGCUAUUAGUAAAUCAUUAACAGCUUCAUCUUGGUUGAUUCACUCAGUAGUGUAAGAAGAGGAUGGUUUCUUUAUAUUCUCCAAACAAACCGGAGAAGUUAAUUUCAC